AUGACUUUACAAAAGUCAAAACCAAGUCAUGCAAACAUCCAUUCCGUUAAGAAACGAGAAGAAGAGAUAAAGAGCGAGAGAAUGCUCCAAACUGAAUCAGCUUUAAAGAAUUCUUUUAUGAUGACAUGGAUGCUUCAAGCAUUCGCUUCAGGUUCCGUUUCAAUGUUAACCACACCAACAAUACAAUAUCUUCAAACUCAACCACCGUCAUAA